AUGAACGAUUCAUCAAAAUCCGAGUACGAAGCUCUCAGAAACGCUCGCAUGUCAGAGAACAAGGCUAGGUUUGAAUCUCUGGGUAUUUUGAAUUCAGUUUCGAAGCUUCGCGAAAUUUCUGCUCUAAUAAACAAAAAACGUCCCUAUGUCAAAAAGGAUUACGGUGUCACUCCCGUACGCAGAUCUCAGCGAAUCAAGAAUGUUGCCGAUGGUACCACCACCGCCGACAAUCAUCAAAGAUCUUACAGUAGUUUCAGCUACAAUGUUACCCCAAAACAAGAUUUAGGUGAAGAGGGGAAGAGGCCUGCAAAUGCACCUUUUGUUGAACUGAAUCCGAAGAGUGUAGAGCUUUUUUUUUUACAAGAGACUUAUGCACGGCGCUGUGAGUACAAGGGUAGAGGCCGUUGUUACAGUUCAUUCUUGGGGAUAAGCUGCCAUUUUUGCGGGGUAAAGAAGUUAUGCGGGGAAGAAGAUUGCAAAAGAUGUGGGAAUUGUGAUGUGAAUGAACCUUGUCUAGGAAAGACUGAUUGCUCAGUGUGUCACUCAAGGCGGGGUGUCUUUUGUAGAGCUUGUCUCAAGAUUCGGUAUGGUGAAGAAAUAGAAGAAGUGAGAGAGAAUAAGGAAUGGAUGUGUCCACAUUGCAUAGAAGAGAAAGGAAUAAACCCUUACUGGAUAUGUAACAGUUCAAAAUGCAUGAGGAAACAAAACCUGCAACCAACUGAGUUAGCAAUGCACAAAGCUCGGGAAAUGGGAUAUGAAUCAGUGGCACAUCUAUUUAUGGAACAACUUAAAGGUGGAAACUAUCCGAAAUUAGACAAGUCUUUAUGA